AUGGAUCCUUUCAGUGACUCUAUGGAGACGUCCAUAAACCUCGGAGAGGUAGACUCCCUCGAAGCCAUUGUUAUCAUCGACAAUGAGCUAGAUCCGCUCUCGCCCCCAGCCCCGGAUACCGUCCAAAUCUCAGGGAAUCUGGGGGCAAUUGCCAUGGGCUCAAAUCAUACACUGACAGACCGCGGGGAAGCCUGCAAGGAAUUAAGGCUGGAAGAUGUUUGCUGCGCAGCACAUGGCUUGUCAAUACUGGUGACUGCCACUAAAGGCGACAAGAAGCACGCUAUUCUCUUCGAUGCUGGUCCUGAAGAGGAGGCUUGGGAAAGAAAUGUGAAACGGCUGCGACCAAAUCUUUCCUCCGUGGAAGUAAUUCAUCUGUCGCAUUGGCAUCGAGAUCACUCCGGUGGUCUUCUGCGAGCAAUCCGCAUGGUAAACGAUGCCAAACGAGCCGAGAGCCGCUCCGAAGACCUGGUUGCAGACUUGCACCCGGACCGACCGGUCUACAGAGGCAUUGCCCUGCCCGAGCAUAUAAUUUCCCUCGAGGCUGACCCUACCUUUGAAGAGAUUGGCAGUGCUGGUGCGGUGGUCGACAAGCGGAGCGAGCCACACACCGUACUUGAUGACUUCUUUCUUAUCUCUGGGGAGAUUCCACGAGUGACGCCAUACGAGACCGGCCUGAAGAAUGCAGUGCGAUAUGACCCUGAUGAGAAUGACUGGUUCUCCGACGAAACCAUCAUUGAUGAGCGUUCUCUCAUCUGCAACCUCAAGGGUAUAUUCAUCCUAAACCCCGCCAACAAGCUUAUUGAGCUAAUAUGUCCUUCAGGAAAGGGACUUGUUGUCUUCACUGGAUGUAGUCACGCUGGUGUAGUCAACACCACCAAACAUGCCGUCCAGCUCACCGGUGGAACGGUCCCUGUCCAUGCCGUUGUCGGUGGAUUUCAUCUCGCCACAAGCGACGCGGAUCAAAUCCAAAACACAGUAGCCGAUCUCAAACGACUCGAUCCCGCCGUGCUUAUGCCAGGUCACUGUUCGGGCUGGCGGGCCAAGUUUGCGAUUGAGAAACACAUGCCUGGGUCAUUGGUACCCUGCACCGUAGGAUCAAGAAUCACAUUCUAA